GCGGGAUAGGUUGUUGGGAAGGCGGAAGGUUUGAAUGGUCCAAACCUGCGGCUGUUGUUCUGCUCCGCGGCUGUAACUUAGACCCUCGGAGGAGAGAAGCCGCAAAAUCGCAAGUGAAAUUGUAGUGUAAAUCUCAUACUGAAGCUUGAGGUAAGACCGGAACCAGAGCCCCACAAACGGGAAUUCAGGGGACCCAAGGUAUCGUCGCGAGUUAGGAGAACUGAGUUCCUUCGGGUCCGGAGUCACAAGCUGCAGUUCCAAACAAGUCAAAGCCAUCUUUUUAUUUCCGCUUUAAAGUCUUGACGUUUCCUCUCGUGCUCGGAGACUAUGUCUGCUGAGCUCACUUCAUCCACAAGGGAGGAAGGAAGUCCUGGCAGAGGACCCAGUUUUAGAUCCCAUCAGAGGAAGAUAUUAAACUUGCUUCUGGAGAGAGACACUUCCUUCACCAUCUAUCCAGAUCUCCCUGGAACUCCAGUGGACAAACUCUUCGGUGAUUCUGGAAACCAAAGCGUUCUGUCUGGAGGAACCCCAAAACGUUGCCUUGAUCUUUCGAAUCUUAGCAGUGGGGAGAUGUCUGCGACUCAGCUUACAGCUUCUGCAGACCUUGAUGGAACUGGUAGAGAGAAGGAAGGUCCUUUGGAUUCUUCAGGACCUCAGGAAAUACAGUUAGCUUGGAGGAAUCAUCACAAGCACCUUAUAAAAUGCAGCCCAGGACAGCCGCUUUGUAGCACUCCAAAGGCUUUGGACCAUGGCAACCAGAAGACAGAUGCGAUAUGUAGCUCAUCCACAAAUAAAGAAAAUGAAAACAAGGCUUUGAAGCCCUUGGAAUGCGGGUCUCCCAAGAACCUGAAGUUCCAAAAGAAAUCAGGGGGCCCUUACAUGUCUCCCCUUUCUUCACUGGACAAUGGAAACCUGGUGGAAAGUGAAAUGAAGUAUCUGGGCAGUCCCAUCGCUAUAGUUCCAAAAUUGGGUAAAAAUCUAAAACUAGGAAAAGACCAGGCAGAGGAGAUUUCAGAUGAAUUGAUGGAGUUUUCCCUGGAAGAUCAGGAAGAGUCCAAGGGCUUAGGUCUGAGGAAGACAGUCUCUCUCUGUGACAUUAAUGCCACUCAGAUGCUGGAGGCAGCUUCUAACCAGGGGUACCUGACUGGGGAUUUCUCCAAGGUAUGUGCACUGCCAACCGUGUCAGGGCGACACCAAGAUCUGAAGUACAUCAGCCCGGAAACAGUGGCUGCCUUACUGUUGGGGAAAUUCCAGGGCCUGAUUGAAAAGUUUUACAUCAUCGAUUGCCGCUAUCCGUAUGAGUACCUCGGAGGACACAUCCAGGGAGCCUUAAACUUGUUCAGUCAGGAGGAACUGUGUAACUUCUUUCUGAAGAUGCCUGUUGUCCCUUUGGAUGCCCAGAAGAGAAUCAUCAUCGUGUUCCACUGUGAAUUCUCCUCAGAGAGGGGCCCCCGAAUGUGCCGCUCUCUGAGAGAGGAGGACAGGGCCCUGAACCAGUAUCCUGCAUUGUACUACCCAGAGCUCUAUAUCCUCAAAGGGGGCUACAGAGACUUCUUUCCAGACUAUCCGGUGCUAUGCGAACCACAGAGCUACUGCCCUAUGCACCACCAGGACCAUAAGGCAGAAUUGCUGAGGUGUCGGAGCCAGAGCAAAGCAUGGGAAGGGAAGCGGCAGCUGCAGGAGCAGAUUGCCUUACUGGUGAAGGCUGGGAACCUACGAUAAUAGAUCAGCUGCUGGCUCCUUAGGAGUCACCAAAAGAUAAUGUAGAAAACCUGGGCAGGAAGAGGUCAACAGGCUGCCAAACAGAUGCAAUCCUAGUCUUGGGGAUUGGUUAGGUUUCGGCAGAAUUGCUGGCUGGUGGAGCUGACUCUGUAAGCUGUAGCCUUGGGUUGUAUUGGGGUGUGUGUUGCUUCAGGGAGUGUUUACAUUCUCUUUUUAACUAGAAGCCAGCCAGCUAGCUCUUUUUCUCCCUGAGCUUCCGGCUAUGCAAGAGAGUUACCACAUUCUUUCUCUGUAUUUUCCUUCUUUGUUUCCCCCCCUCUCUUUUUAUUAAGUGGAAAAAUAAACAUUGUAGAAUGAGA